GCCCGCGCGCAGCUGUCUUGGCGGGAGAGCGCGAGCCACGUAUACUUUUCAAACAAUCUGAAAAUAACCUCGUUAUUUUAAAUUAAUUUUUAUUUAUUUUUUUUACAGCUAAAACUAAUGUGUCUUUUGGCUAAAUAAUCAGAACAUACACCAGGACAGGGAAUUCAAUAAGAAACACGAAAAGAAAAGUACAUUUCAGAGAUCCUGAUUCCGUCGUUGCCAUGGACGCAAGGAACCGCUCUGGCCCCCCCUCCUCCUCCUUCCAGGUGUGCCGCCCCUCCUUGUUCUCACGGCAACCGCCCCGUGUUCUGAUCGUGGACGCGUCACCGCCCUGGUGGUCAGAGACUGGUACUACGCUGUGUGAGGCUUUGGAUAACUUCCUGACUCUGGCCUGUAGUCUGGACGGACCCUGUAGACUGCCCCUGCUUAGCCUUUACGCUCUGAGUAGACAGCAUGAAUGUCUGCUGCCAUUCGUGCAGGUGAGGGGUAACCUGGCCCGACUGCGUUCCUGUGUGGAGGAGCUGAGGUCCAUACCCGGAGAGGGGUGCGUCCGCGCACCUAGAGGGGAACUGCUCAAACAGGCUGUUUUGGACAGCCUGCAGCAGUUUAAACAGUACACGCGACACACUACCACUCCGAACCAGGCCAACAACAAUGGAUCUGUAGAGGUAACCGUGGUGACGAGCCAGCCAGGGCGUGGCGUGGUGAGGCAGUUGGAGGCGGGCUUAAAGGACACUGACUUGGUGUCUCUACGACGCCUACUAGUGGUCCACGUCAGUACUGCAGGGAGAGAGGAGACUGACUGCUGCGGGCAGGACACACCCUCACCCGAGACUGCAGAGGAGACUGAAGCCAGUCUGAUGUUAGGUACAGAGAUCGACCUGCAGCAUGUAGAGAACAGUGUGAUUGCCAUGGAGAUGGUGUUGAAGGCGUGGCUUCAUGACCAGGGCGGGAAAAAGGAACAACUCCACCUGUUGUUACCACCUGGACUACAGGGAGAGAUUACUACACCUAGUCAUGGACAGAGAGCUAGUCCAGUGUGUGUGAAGUGUGACAUGCAGGAGCGUCUCCUAAGCCCCGCCCUCUUACCUCUGACCCCUGACCUUGGGGUCAAGACGGAGAGCACCAAGGACUUCCUGGUGUCAGGCAAGGGCUUGGCCAAUCAGAGCCCUCCGCCUCAGAGACUCAGAGUCAUCAAGUAAGAGAGAGAGAGAGACUGACAGAGAGAGAGAGGGAGAGACAGAGAGAGAGGGAGAGACAGAGAGAGAGGGAGAGACAGAGAGAGAGGGAGAGACAGACAGAGAGGGAGAGAGAGACUGAC